AUGACCGCAGGCUAUGAUGGCUUUCUCCGCCUGUGGAGUCUUCAAACGCUUCGCGAAGUCGUUGCUCUCUCGAGUGUCUCGCCGGUUGCCUCGCUCCUGGAGCCUUCUCCUUUGGUCCGUUUUCUGUGGGCGAAUGCGUUUGCUUGCGCAGGCUCGAAGGCUGGAGAUCUGAAGGUCUGGGACGUAAAUGCCGGGCGUCUCGUCUGUACCUCGCUCUCGAGGCCGCGGGCUGGCCGGCACGCCGGCGGGGUAGCUUCGCUCCGUCUCUGGGCCUCGCCCGCGUGUGGGGAGACCGGACCGGUCCCCUUGCUCUUCUCGGGCGGCGUCAGAGAUGGUCAGCUGUGCGUCUGGGACUUGCGGGCCUUCUCUAGCCCCGUGGCGACUCUGCAUGCGCAUGCAGGCUCGCUGAACGAGAUUUUGUUCAUGGCCGACGCAGGGGCCGACGCCUGCACUCUCGGCGCUGACGGAGCCUGCCGCUUUUGGGAUCUGCGCAGCGCGUCUUUUGCCGGGGCCGCGCCGGGAGAGACCCGAGCGGCGACCCGCGCGGCGCCGCAUGCGCUGCUCAGAGAAAUCUGCCUGGGAGGUCCUCAGCACGGCUUCUUGUGCGGCGAGGUUGCAGGCCGCGGCUCGGUGUGCGGCGGCUCUGGUGAUGGCGCGGUCUACUGCUUGAGUGCAGCCGGUGACAAAGAAGACAGCCGGAAGUCAGAAAGCCGCGUCAAUGCGCUCGAAAUGCGCGGCCUGCGCUGGAAGCUCGCCUGCGACGCGAACGGCGCCGUGCAAGUCCUCCGAGCUGUCGUGACGCCUGAGAACGCGGCGGUGGGCAUCAAACAGGACGGGCUAGGCACCGGACGAGAGAGAAGGGAAAUUGUGCACGGCCUAGUCGCCGGAGGAGACGACGGACAACUCUCCUUCAUUGGCUUCGAGUGA